AUGGUGAAACUCAAACCCUACAUUUCCAGAACCCAAUCCCUUCCUUCAAUUUCAAUUCGCACAUUUCAAUUUCCAAUCUCCAAAACCACCUUUGAUUCUCAUCUCCGCAAUCCCAAAUCGUUCCCCGUUUUGCAAUCCCAUCCAACUCCAAAACCCCAACAAAUCGUCUGCGCUAAGAGGCGAGGUUGGUCCCAAUCAUCAAAUCGAAAGAUUCUUCAACUAGCUUCCACGCUCGCAUUCAAUCUCAAAAUCCUACCGGAGCCAUUGAAUUCGAUCGUUGGCGAAAUCGCACGAAGCAAUUCAAAUGAACAUCGGAUUCUGAACCGUCUCGCCGGUGGCUUGAGAGGGAAAUCGAGGAAGAAGAGCAAUGGGAAGAAGUUUUUGUUCCCCGUUUUUGUGUUGCUAUGUGUUGCAGGUUUGUGGUCGUUUAGGGUUUCAGAAUUGGACCUGUUUCUGAAGUCAUUGUUCUUUUGUUUUGUUGGGAUUUCUUCAAUUUCGUUGUUCAAAACUAAAGGCAUAAAGAAGUGGUUUUUAGGGUUUUCUUUUGGGGUUGUUUUGACGAUGAGUUUCAGAUUGGGAAAAGAGGAUAUAAAGUUUUGGGUUCAGAAGCUAAGAACUUGUUCUCCUGUUGCACAGAUUGCAACAAGGAAUGGAAAUAGAAAAUGGAGAUUGUCAAAAUGA